AUGGAUUCCAAACCUUCACCCGUCAGUCUGAAGUUCAAGUUAUUACAAACUAAUAACUACAGUGUUUUUGAAAGUGCACUGCAGUUAAUUUCUCACCUAAUAGCUGUGUUUCCCUGCAGUAAGUACGUAACAGAAGAAGGGCAGCGUAUUGUUGGUGGUGUGCUGAUUGGGACCGGAUUGUGGAUUGCUGUGACUUUCGUUAUGAGGAACGUCCUCAAGUACUUGCUGUCCUGGCACGGCUGGAUGUUCAAUCGCCAUGGAUCUUUGUCCUUAACAACAAAGAUUUGGUUGGUAUUGGUGAAGGUAUGUUCGGGGCCAAAGCCAAUGCUGUACAGCUUCCAGAAUUCAAUACCACGGUUACCAGUGCCUCCUAUAAAAGACACUGUUAGAAGAUAUCUUGAGUCAGCUCGCCCUCUGAUGGACGAUGAACAGUACAAGCGUAUGGAGGGGUUGGCAAAGGACUUUGAGAAGAACUUGGGCCCCAAACUGCAAUGGUACCUGAAGCUCAAAUCCUGGUGGGCCUCCAAUUAUGUCAGCGACUGGUGGGAGGAGUAUAUUUACCUCAGAGGUCGAGGACCAAUCAUGGUCAACAGCAACUACUAUGCAAUGGACUUCCUCUAUGUGAUCCCCACUACACGUCAAGCUGCCCGUGCUGGUAAUUCCAUCCACGCCAUCAUGAUGUACAGAAGAAAACUGGACAGAGCGCAGAUUAAACCACUCAUGGUUUUGAACACUAUCCCCAUGUGCUCAUCUCAGUACGAGCGUAUGUUCAACACCAGUCGAGUUCCCGGUGUAGAAACAGACGUCCUUCAGCACAUGAACGAGAGCAAACACAUCGCUGUGUAUCACAAGGGACGCUUUUUCAAGGUGUGGCUGUUUUAUGACGGACGACUGCUGUUGCCUCGAGAAAUUGAGCAGCAGAUUGAAAGGAUCUUGGCGGACAAAUCCGAACCUCAUCCAGGAGAGGAGCUGCUUGCCGCUUUGACAGCGGGCGACAGAGAUCCCUGGGCCAAAGCCCGCUCACAGUUCUUCAGUCGUGGGAAGAACAAGCAGUCUCUGGAUUCUGUGGAGAAAGCGGCUUUCUUUGUUACUCUGGAUGACACCGAACAGCGUUACGAUCCAGAGAAUUCGGUGCAGUCCCUGGACAGCUAUGGCAAAUCUCUGCUCCAUGGAAAAUGCUAUGACAGGUGGUUUGACAAGUCUUUCAAUCUGAUUGUGUUCAAGAACGGCACUAUGGGAUUGAAUGCAGAACACUCCUGGGCCGAUGCGCCCAUCGUUGGCCAUUUGUGGGAGCAUGUCUUGUCAUCAGAUCCAGUGAGACUGGGCUAUACUGAGGAUGGACACUGCAAAGGAAACCCCCAUCCAAACCUGCCGGGACCCCAGAGACUGCAGUGGGACAUCCCAGAGGAGGGCCAGGCAGUGAUCAACAGUUCUCUGAAAGUGGCUAAAGCUCUGGCGGACGAUGUUGACAUGCACAUCAUCCCCUUCAACGACUUUGGCAAAGGCCUGAUCAAGAAAUGCAAGACAAGUCCCGACGGCUUCAUUCAGAUCGCCCUCCAGCUGGCGCACUUCAGGGAUAAAGGCAAGUUCUGCCUGACGUACGAAGCCUCCAUGACUCGUCUGUUCAGAGAGGGCCGCACUGAGACUGUGCGCUCCUGCACCACUCAAACCUGUGAUUUUGUCCGUGCCAUGAUGAAUGACAAAGCAACGAGAGAAGAGAAGUUGAAGCUGUUGAAAGUGGCGGCAGAAAAGCAUCAGGACUUAUACAGACUGGCCAUGACAGGAAAGGGCAUCGACCGCCAUCUUUUCUGCCUCUACCUGGUGUCAAAAUACCUCGGUGAAGAUUCGGCUUUUCUCAAAGAGGUGUUGUCCGAGCCCUGGAGAUUGUCCACCAGUCAGACUCCUCUCCAACAGGUCGAUCUGUUUGAUAUAAAGAGGCAUCCAGAAUACGUCACCAGCGGAGGUGGAUUUGGACCUGUUGCUGAUGACGGUUAUGGUGUAUCAUAUAUUAUUCUUGGAGAAGAUCUCAUCAACUUCCACAUAUCCAGCAAACACUCCAGCCCAGAGACGGACUCUCACCGCUUUGGAAGUAACAUUAGGCAGGCAAUGCUUGAUAUGUUGGAUCUUUUCCAGUUUGACAACAAAGCUAGCAACAAGUGAUCUGUCUCUUCUUGUUUUCUCAUUUCUCAAAAGG